AUGCACACAUUUUAUGUUUCUACUUCAGGAGAGCCAUCAAUGAAUGAAAUAUCUACUUCUGAAAAACCAUUCGUUCCGGUUGAAAUAAGCACAUCAUCACCUUCAAGUAGUAAUGAGACGACUACUACAUCUACGACAUCGGUCACCCCUGUAUCACAUGGAAAUUAUCCAUCGGUUAAUAUGUCUGAUUUCAGAAGCGUGUGCGGUCGGCGGCUGUUUCCCGAAGCGCGCAUAGUCGGCGGAGCGAAGGCGACCUUCGGCAAGUGGCCUUGGCAGAUCUCGCUCAGACAGUGGAGGACGUCGACCUAUCUGCACAAGUGUGGAGCGGCCCUUCUUAACGAAAACUGGGCCAUUACUGCUGCUCACUGCGUUGACAAUGUGCCACCGAGUGACCUCUUAUUGCGACUGGGAGAACACGACUUGUCUAUAGAAGAUGAACCUUAUGGGUACCAGGAGAGGAGGGUUCAAAUAGUUGCUUCGCAUCCACAAUUCGACCCGAGGACGUUCGAGUACGAUUUGGCAUUGCUGAGAUUCUACGAACCCGUGAAUUUCCAACCCAAUAUUCUUCCUGUAUGUGUGCCACACACCGAUGAAGGAUUUGUUGGAAAAACAGCAUAUGUGACUGGCUGGGGCAGAUUAUAUGAAGAUGGUCCAUUACCAAGUAUAUUGCAAGAAGUUUCGGUACCUGUGAUCAACAAUUCAGUGUGUGAGACAAUGUACCGAUCUGCCGGUUAUAUAGAACAUAUUCCUAAUAUCUUCAUCUGCGCCGGAUGGAGAAAAGGCGGUUACGAUUCCUGUGAAGGUGACAGUGGUGGUCCAAUGGUGAUCCAACGUCCAGACAGACGAUUCCUGCUGGCGGGCAUCAUUUCUUGGGGCAUCGGAUGUGCAGAGCCAAACCAACCAGGAGUCUACACCAGGAUAUCUGAAUUCCGUGACUGGAUCAAUCAGAUAUUACAGUUCUAG